CAAUCUCAUCCCACCUGUAUAUUUUCUGCAGCUCCAAAAUCCAUCCUCAAAACUCUCACAAGACUCAAUUUUAACGGCCUUAAACCCCUUAAAACCCCUUUCAAAUUCACUUUCCAUUCACCCCAAACAACCAGAAAGCAGCAGCCCACAAGACUAAUUGCUGUUGCUGAAGAAGAAACUGAAACAGCCUCAGUUGCCACAGCUGCAGACCUUUCUUCUGAGGCUGCAAGAAGGCUUUAUGUUGGGAAUAUUCCUCGGACUGUCACCAAUGACGAGCAUGAAAAGAUUCUUGAAGAACAUGGUGGUGUUGAGAAUGCUGAGGUGAUGUAUGACAAGUGGUUUGGAAGGAGCCGGCAAUUUGCAUUUGUGACAAUGAAGACUGUUGAGGAUGCAAAUGCAGCUCUUGAAAAGCUAAAUGAAACAGAGACUGGUGGGCCUAAAAUCAAAGUAAAUAUUACUGAAAAGCCGUUGCAAACUUUGGAUUUAUCUCUUCUUCAAGCCGAAGAGUCCCAGUUCAUUGACAGUCCACACAAAGUUUAUGUGGGUAAUCUUGCAAAGGAUGUAACCACAGAUAAAUUAAAAAACUUAUUUGCUGAGAAGGGUAAGGUACUUAGUGCUAAAGUAUCACAGGUUCCAGGGACUUCUAAGUCCAGUGGUUAUGGAUUUGUUACAUUCUCUUCAGAAGAGGAAGUUGGAAGCCGCCAUUUCAUCUUCCAUUCUCUUCAGAAGAGGAAGUAGAAGUCGCCAUUUCAUCUCUGAAUAAUGAGGACCAUGUGAAGCUGUUGACUUAAUUCGUGGAUGACUUAACACCUAGAAGUAGAAGACAGUAAGGAAUGAAACUAGCCAUCAGUCCAGUGCUGUUGGCUACAGUAUUGGGGCUCAAGCCCAUGGAGAAAGAUUCUCAUCCUUCGGUUGCAGAGGAUAAUACAGUAGUGAUUGCAGAUCCUUCUCCCAGCAACCAGGGAGGAUUGAAUGAAAAACCUGGCAGAGAUAGUACCAUUCAGGAGCACCCAGAUAUUGAAAUCAUGCGUGAUGCUGUACAUGACUUUCCAAUGGAAGACGCUCCUAUAUGGCCAGAUCAAGGCUAUGACGUGGAACCUGACAGAGUGUUGGAGGAGCAGAUCAUGAAACAUAUUGAAGCCAGCAGUCCAGUUGUUGAGGAAAUAUUGGUUUCUGGAGAUCCUUCUAUACCAUUACCUCAAGCUGAAGAACCACAAUCUGUUGCUUCAGAGAAGGCCCAUGAAAAUUUUAAUCUAGGCAUUCCUUUUGGGUAUGCAUCACCUGGACUAGCAAUUGGAUCAACACCUCCAGUUGAGCAGCCAAGAGCUAAGCAGAGACAAAAGGAGGGGAUUUUUAUGACGAACAAACUGUACUGACUAACAAGUCUUAAGACUCCAGUGAUUUGCUAAGGUAAAAAAAGGAAUUUUCAUUCUUCUAAUUUGGACAUGUGGAAGUCACAGACGAGAUUGAAAAAGGACACAAUCUUUCUUGAGCCUUUAAUAACUGGAUUAUCUGCCAACCUGGUUAGCAUUUACAAGAAAGAAGUUAUUUCUUCGAAAUGUCAUUUAGUUGGCUCAGGGGAACCUCAUCUCCAAACUAGAGAGCACAAACACUGACACCUGGAGGUGACAACGAAAUGGAAAUUGAAAAUCUUCGCAACUAUGAAGGUCCUUCCGGUGGCAAUGUGAUGUUCAAUAUCUUGCCUUCCCCUAAUAGAUUUGUUUCUUCUCUUAUGACGUCCAUGGCUUCUCCAAUCAAAAGAGACGAAUCCACUCCGGCCUCUACAAAUUUUGGUUCAGAGCAGGAUUGGUUAGAAACACCUAUUGGCACUGAUGUACUGACUACCCCAGAUUUAGCAGCAUCUAGUGAACUCUUUGGAUCUGAUGUGGAAACUCCAGCAACUCUUUUAGGCAGGGCGCUAGAAGUGGAGAAUACUGUUCUUUCUGACAUCCAUGAGAUGUUAAAUUCUGGCAGGGACUUGAGCUUCCUAGAACAAGAUGAAAAAAUUACGUGGUGGUGACUUCGAAACUCAUAAAGGAAAAUUUUCUGAGCUAAUUGUGCCUGGCUGACGUUCAUCCACAGUAAACAAUUGGACACCACUGCUGUAUAACGUUUCAGUCCAGGUCAUUAACUGUGCUCCCACCCAUCCUCCCUCCUAGCAAGAAAAGAUACGAAAAAGAGAAGCAAUGAGUACACUGGUUGCUGCCAACAUCAUUUUAGACUUAAAAUAGAUAUUGGAUUGUCUCAAGCUGAUGAAGCACAUUCCUGUGAACUUAAUGAAGAGUUUGAUACAUCUUGGCAUGCAGCAGAUGUGCAGAGGAAAUGAGAUGCAAUCGGUUGAGUACUGCCAGUCCGAGGGUGAGGAUGGUUGCCGCAACUUGGCAUCUGAAGGAGAGCUUGUAUGGGCUGCUUGGCUUGCAACAUUUUAUGGCUCUACUAUUCUAAGAUAUUAGCUUCUUGCCUUUGCUGUGUAUAUUGUCAAUAAGUUUUGUCCGAGGGAUGACUGCUCGUUAUUAGGACAAAUUUUUGUAUAUAUAGUUAAUUAUGAGAAAUUGUGUCUGGUAUGGGAAAUCCUGUGACGGCUUCCAAAAUUUCAGAAAUUCAGAUUCUGGCAAUUACACAGCCAACCUCCUUUGAUUA